AAAAAACUCCAAUCCCAAAACAUCUUUAUUAGCUCGUUGUGGGAGAAAACGACGAAAUCAAAGAAGAAAAACUACACGAAGUAAUUUCCGCUCGGAAUAUAUCUUCGAAAGUCGUGAAUUUCGCCGUUCAAUCUUCCCCGAUUGAACAGCCAAGUUCGCAUCAAAACCUCCAUGUCGGAAGUCUUACACCCCGGUGACCCCCGGACGACCGCGGUCCCCGGGACCGCCAACAAGGAGCCGCACACGGAUGCAGAGAAACAGAAGUACAUCGAUGAAAAAUUCGACGUCGCCAACAUCGACUGGAAGAAGAAGUUCUGGUUCCUAAGCGCGCCGUGGGGAAUUUUGAAGCGCGAGGUGAACGAGGACAUCGCGACGAAUGGAGAUUUGACCGCUGUGAUGCUGUAUGAAUGGAAGAAAAAGUUGUUGCAUGAUUGUGAAUAUUUUGAAAGAUGUUGCGAAAAGGUUUUAUAAUUUAGCGGGGCUAGAUAAAAGAAAAGACGUAAUGAAAGUGUUACAUCAUUUACAGCCAUCACGCACAGUUACGAAACUUUGCGACUGUGCAGGUUGCACGCAUAAUCGUAUAACUUUGUUUUUUCUCGAUUGAUUCCCGGCGCAAGUUGCUGCUCUGUGCCGUAGAAAGAACUGUGAUGUCAGGUUGAAAUCAAAAUAGAGAUCGUUGAUUUUUACAUGGGUUGAUUUCAUGCAUAUGACAAAACAUUUUCAACUGCUUUUUCUACUCUUCUAUACUAGCAAGAGCAUGUUGGAGACGGAGUCGGAGCUCGACGAGGACUUUCUGGAGAAGCAACUGUACCCGCAGAUGCCGAAGGAGGGACAGCGAGAUAAGAAGUCGGUUGCGUUUAUGGAGUGCCUGUGCUUCAAGAAGUAUAGUAUUUUUGCUAUUUUCAUUUACUUGUACUGCUUGAAAUUUAAUACUGUGAUGCGUGUUCCGCUCGGGUAAUGCAGUUUGUCAUGCAUAACCACGACCUAAUGAACCCUGUCAAAACUACUACAGCUUCGCCCUCCAGUUCCUGGAAGAGCAGUUUGAGAAGGGGCGCCUCACCGGGGAGUUGCUCGCGAAGCUGAAAACUUUGUCCUUUUGCGACAAGAACACAAUGGCCGACUUUUUCCAGUGCAUGCAGAACGAUCUGGAUACCACCGUGUUUGAGGAUACCCACUGUGAAUAUGAUGUCUGGGGCAUCUGGAAGUAGAGUGCAAGUCUGUCAUGCUUGUCUCACAUGACUCUUGAUCUUGAAGCUGUAAUGCGUGAGCAGAAAAAAAAUCACGAGCCUCUUCUUGCCUGUCAUGCAAAAGCGCAGUUUGCCAUGCGGGAAGCGAAACAUGACGGACAGGAGGGCCCAGGAAUAACUUGUCGUUGUCGUGCGUGGCUGCGUCUUGCAGUGUGGUCUAUCUUCCCACAAUUCACAAACUAAGCAGCAUCACAAGUUUUAUCUUCCAGGCGUGUCCACACAUAUUUGCAAUGCAUAGAGGAAAUGGGAAACGCCUGGGCAACUCUUCCCUCCUGGGAAAACUACAUCGACGCCAGCGUCGCGCAAAUUUGCUUUCCCGCCAUGAGUCAAGAAUUGGAGGAGGACGCGGGGUUUGGCGGUACUAGAAUUUGGAUAAAUUUCAAUGACUGAUUUGCCUUGCAAAUGAUGCACUUAGAGAUGCUAGAGGUGGGGACGUGCAUAGAUGAUUUAUUGUCUUGCAAAAUUAUUGUCAACACAUCAGAAAUUCAAAUUACAGGCGCGCCCUUGAAACGCAACAUUAAUCGCCCGUUCUACUGUAUCACGAGAAAAAAGUGUUACUUACACUUACAAUUUUGUUGGAGUUUCUGCAUCACAAAUUUUCUCUGUGUGGCAGAAAAAACUUGUAAUGCGAAGAUCAUAAGGGAAACAAAACAGGAAGGAAACGAGACUCCGAAGCAUUUCCUGCAUGAGAAAGGUUGUCUCUGUUGCCAGUCUUGCAUGACAAUGUGUAACUGUAACACUUAUUUUUUCUUGCGAUAGACUGGGACCGCGAUUUCGACAUGAAAUUUGACUGGUUGGAGAAGGUAUCAAAUGCAAAUAGGUCCUCUACUGGGUCAUCUGGAAACUUGUGAUGCUGGUUAGCGACACAACUGACUGUGCAGCAUGACAAGUUUCUGAGGUCGUGCUACGUGUUGUCUAUUUUGCAUGACAAAGCGCGCUCUUGCAUGACGGAAGCGUGAUAUUUUUGGGUGACGAGCAUGGCAAGCUUCAGAGUCUCAUGCUUGCCGAGCAUAAGAAAUCUUGCAUUAUUCGUUCCAGACUCAGACAUAUUUGCAAUGCAUAGAAGGCCGGCAUCACAACCGCCCCGUGGACCCAGGCGAAUUGCAGUCAGGAAGAAUUUACGGCCCUGUUUUCGGAUCGGAAAUGCGAGCAGUUGUGGUACCACACCUGCACCAAGUACUACGCGUUUCGGGAAUGGUAUAGAAAAAUGGCGGCUUCGUUUGUCUUUCGAUGUUGCUGUAACGCAUAUUGAAUUGCAAUUGCAUUCGCGAAGGUAGUCUAGUAGAGUAGUUACCUGCCAUGCGUUCCAGUGGUCGGCAUGACAAGUUAAGUUUUCGUUUUCCAAAAACUAUACUUCAGGUACCUGCAAGAGAAAGUCGUUUCGGAGGGCGCCAAACGGGCAAAAUCGAAGAAGCUCUAUGAAUUGCAAAAGUAUCGUAUUCGUAUAAAUGCAUUACAAAUUUCCUCAGCAUGAGAAAUUAAAUUUGUAAUGGGGAUUUGCUUUCAGAAAAAAAAUUGUAAUGCAUGAUCGCAAUACGAGUGCGAUACUUUUGCACAGGAUAAGCUGUUUCCCUUCGCCAACUUGGACGAGGUGCUAGGGUUAGCGAAGACGUUCAAAGCGAAGGAAGCUGAACUGAUGGAGAAAUACAAGCCUGGAGUGGAGUUUCCCGAGCACCUCCAGCAAGAAACGCAGUCGAGUCAUAACCCGAGUAAAAACGUCUCCACACCAGAGUCAAGAUGGAAAAUCUGCUAGACAAAUCAACCAGCCUUGGUUGUUUCGCAUGACAAGUCUGUCCUCGUAGUGUAAUCCUGUUGAGGUACUGCGCAGCAGCAUCACAGAUCUAGCAUAUCGCGCUGGUUAUAGACGCGAAAACUCCACAACACGACUAGAAAAUGUUUCUCAUGGGGCUUCGCGUGAGAAACUUUUUUGGCAUGCAGAUUUGCAUAACAAGCUGGGGUGGGGACCUUUUUCCUCCUGAUAAGUUAAGCGUUCCCGAUGAGUCAAGUUUCGAACAACUUCUUCAUCUCGUCGCAACAAUUUAUCAUGUGCAAAAGUAUCGUACUCGUACUAAUUGCGUUUAUGCAUUACAAAUAUUUGCUUCAAGGCAAAUCCGCAUUACAAAUUCAAUUUGUAAUGCUAAGUCAAUUUGUAAUGCAUUUCUACGAGUACGAUACUUUUGCAGUUCAUACAAUUAUCGGAGCAACAAAAUAACUCGCAGCAAUUGCAGCUCGGAUCCACCUCUUCGCAGGCGCUUUUGUCCUCUCAGGCGUCCUCUGGCGGUCCGCACAGUGCUGGCAACAAUUCGCAGGUGAACAGUUCUUUUCCUUUUUUGCCCUUUGAGCAGCAGAACAUGAAAACGACGGUCGAUUUAUCCUACGUAAAAACAUCCCCACCCUAUAGUCAAGAUGAGAAAUCUGCUACACAAAUCAGCCAGCUGUGGCUGUUGCGCAUGACAAGUUUGAUCUCCUAGUGGAAUCCGGUUUAGCUCGUUCAGAAGCAUUACUAUGCUGAUUGGAGCAUUACAAAAGCCAAAACACGACUAGAAAAUGUUUCUCAUGGGGCUCCGCAUGACAAACAUUUUGAGCAUGCAGAUCUGCACGACAGCUAUGGAAUGGGGAUGUUUUUCCAUAGGAUACGACUCCCGAAAGGUGAAAAAGUACCUGCAGGAGAUGUACGUGGAAAGCCAGAACUCGAAUUUUUCGUCCGGAAAUGGAUCCGCAAACAGUGACAACUUCCUCUCGCAACAAUCGAACAAAUCGAAGUCCAUGCUCCCCCAGAUGGACGUGUACAAACGGAACCAGGGGGUGCCGGCCCGGAAGAUUUUGAAGUUUAAGCACUCGGACGAUUCUAAUGGCGUUGUUGUGCCGGAACAAGAAGAGGAGAUGGAGAAUGGAGGUACAAAUAAUGCCGAUGUUGAUCAACAAUACCAAGUCCACAACCCCUUUCCUUCCCAACCGGUGGCUCCUUCCCUGCUCGACGGCAGUAACGCGAGCUCUGCGCAGUUUGGAGAACAACAAGUUCUUGCUGGGAGCGACAACAACUCGUUUGCCCUCGGCUCCGAAAUCCUGCUGCAAUCCGAGCAGUCUGAGGAUCACAACGCGCUGAUGUUCUUGCAGUCCGAGGUGAGCGACGUUAACGAUGUUGCAGUUGGGACGAGCCAGAGCAUGGUGCACCAGCAGCCGGAAAGCAUGAUGAGCAACAACCUACAGGUGAUGGACGAGAGUCGCAACCUGAAAGAACAAAGCGGUGAUUCCCUACAGCAUGAAAGUGCUGCUUUGUCCGAAAAACAAGACCUGUCAGAACAGCAAGAGGAGUCGAAGUCGAAAAAUAAACCGGACAACAACAAUGAUUGCUCAUCCGAUGUGGUGGAGCAGCAGCAGCAAGCUGCUCUUGACAGCUCGGACGAUCAUUCGGUGCUGGAAUUGCACAGCUUGUUGGAAUAUCCUGUGCAAAAGUAUCGUACUCGUAUUGCAGUCAUGCAUUACAAAUCUUGUUUUUAAGGCAAAUCCGCAUUACAAAUUUUAUUUUUCAUGCUGAGGAAAUUUGUAAUGCAUUUGUACGAGUGCGAUGCUUUUCCUUUUGCGGUUCAUAUGGAAAAGUCGUUGGAGGCGCCGGUGGAGAAGAAGGCGGAGGGUACUUCUUCUGAGGACGCGAUGGAGGUGGAACAAGAAGAACGGGAACAGGACCACCCGGACCAGCCGACCGACAUGAUGAAAAAGGACGAAGAAGAAAACAAGACUUCUUCCCCCGCAGCGGUGGGCGUCGUGCAGGGAGAUCAUGUCGAAGGCUGCUCUGGUGAUGAACCCAAGCCCGUCGUCGAGAACUCCCUGGAGUUCGACCAGGACGUGGAGAUGAAGGAUGUUGCUGCGGUUGGCGAGAAGGUAGACGAAGGGGAAGAUCAUGAUCAAGAACAAUCCUCCGCGAAGAUUUCGUCCGAAGUAGAGGGUAAUAUCAAAGCCGUCGACGUGGUUUUGGAAAAGAAGGGAGACGAAAAUGAUAAAAGUACCCCGGAUGAUGUCGAUGUCGAUGUUGAGCAAGAGCAGCUGCAAGUAGUUCCGAAUGCUCCAGCUGUCGUGGCGGACGACCAGGAUGUGGACAUGUUGAAAGAAGAUGAAAACGACGUCAAGAUGAAACAGAACCAAAAUCAACAAAUUGCCUCCGAACUACUACAGGCGAAGGACGAUGAGGAACGUCAAAAGAUCGACGAGAAAUCUGCUCCUGCCGAUUCUGUCCCAUUGGUCGCGGCGUUGAAGAAUGAAGAGCAUGUCCUGGAAGAACACUCACUGAAGAAGACCACGGAGGUAGUAGAUGAAGUCCAACUCCACUUCGCCCCCUCCGCGGCGCUCGUCGAGCAGAAAAACAAUUUGAACCACCGCGAGGACCACGUCAACAUCAACAUGAACGUCAAUAUCAGUAACGAACGGAUUGAACGGGAGUCCGAGGAAGAUAUGGACGACACCAUUUCCUCCCACAAUGUUUCCGGUUUCACCGAACUACUCCGCCCGGAAAAAGCUGCAAAGAAACAGAAGCGGGAUUCGGAACAAGUGCGCGGAAGUUUGGGUUCUUCGGAUAAUUUUGUUGACAACAAGCAGGAAAAUUCCAAUUCGGUCGUCGACCAGCAGCAGCAGUCCCUGAAUGAUGCGGAACGCUGUGAUGUUCUCCUCUCGGGUCAAAACAGCCAACAGUCCAGCAACAAUUUCAGCGUUCUUUCGAAGCAGGGGGAUAAAGGGAACGACAACGAUGAAAACCUCAGUUCGCUGCAAGAAAAUAAUGUUGACGGUUGCGUCGUCGACCAGUCUCCGGCCCCCUCUAUCAUGAAACUGGACCCGGCUGCGCUUAGCAAGUUGGACGAAUCCUACGCUUUGGAGCAGUCUGCGAUGAUUGAGGGGUCUCCGCAGGGCUCGCCGAUGAUUGCGAAACUGGCGGACGAAAUGAGUGCGUCGUUUCGGAACAACGAGGAAUUUAAGAAACAGAUCGAGGAACAGGCGAAGAAACUGUCGGAAGAACAUCAAUCGGGAGGCAGUGAUGGUGCUAUGGACUGCAAAUAUGUCUGGGUCUGGAUGAAACUUGUGAUGCAACAGAGGGAAUAGAAAGCACAUUGUACUAUUGCGCUACCCAGCAUGACAAGUUUUUCCGUGGUUCUGAGUUGCGUACUCCGCGUGAGAAACUGCAUUUUUGCAUGACAGACCAGAGGAGCUCAUCUUCGCGGCCACGCAAUACAGAGUUCAGAGUCCUGCCAGACUAGCAUGACAAUCUCCCAGACCCAGACAUGUUUGUAUUUGAUAGGUGCGAACAAGCAGGAACAAGUUGGAGGUUCCAUGACCCCGCUGUCCUCUCUCUCUGCGGAAGUCUCCUCCAUCGGAAAAAACAGUUCCAUCCACGGGGCGUUGUCCUUCCAAUCCUUCGGAAAAGCGAGCAGCCGGCUGGUGGGGUCGAAAAAGUCGAAAAAUAACCCGUUUGGAGGUGGAACUGCGUCCUCCGUUGCAUCGGACAGUUGCUCCAACCGCAGCGAGAAAAAACCGAUGUUGCCGCCGAAAGCGGGGCGACGGUUGUUGGGGUCGGGAAGUUCUCUGGGCGGGGGGGCGAGGAAUAACAACAAAACGGGUGCUACAAACAGUAACUCCCUGUUCGCGUCUGCCUCCUCUCUGUCGCAGGCGUCUUCCGGUUUAGCGGGGUUGGGGGCUGCUGCGGGUGCACCAGCUUCUGGUAACAACAACUACCCCGGUCUCGUUGUUUCUCAACCGGAAUCGUCGUUCAACCCCCCGGGCAGUGCGGAGUCGUUGAUUCAGGGAUCGGAAAUUUCCUCCGCCAAUGCUUCCUCUGGCGGAAUGAUGAUCGAUAGCAGCAUAUCAAACGCAAAUAUGUCUGGGUCUGGAAGAGUGCAGAUUUUUGUCAUGCUGCUUUUGCAUGACGCAGCAGGUCUGUCAUGGAAGCCCUAGCAUCGCAGAUUUCGAGAAUUAUCGUUCACAUUGCCUAAUCCUAAUCCCAAUUUUGGUGACAGGAAGCGGGCAUCUUUUGCUCCUUCUACAUGAGAGAUUUUUGUGUGUUGUCAAAUGCGCAUCACAAGUUUGCAUCCUGUACGAGCCAGACAUAUUUGCAAUGCAUACAGUAACCGCUCGUCCUCGGUUCCGCCCAUGACGUUGGAGGUGGAUUUAUCCUGAGUAAAAACGUACCCACACCAGAGUCAGGAUGAGGAUUUUGCAACACAAACGUAGGAGUUUUGUGAGUCACGCAUGACAAGUGGCACUAUGCAGUGUAGUGCAGGUUAGCAAGUGCAGCCGCAUCACAGAUUCAUCUGCUCAUCCUGUUCACAGCAUCACAAAUUCCAAAACGCGACUGAAAAUGGCUCUCAUGGGGAUGCGCAUUACAAGUCUUCCUGCCUUUGCAAAUCUGCAUUACAACUCUGGCGUGGGUACGUUUUUACUCAGGAUAGGAUUUGGAAAAAACGCAGAACAGCGUGGGGCAGGGCGUGGAGCACGUGAGCGGGUUCAACAUAGCCUCGCAGGUGGUGGCUUUGGGGGUUCACGCUGGUACUGGUAGUAAAAAUGUCCAGCAAGGAGCAGAACAGGAGGACCACAACUGCACGCCGGUGUUCAACACUCCGAGUGCUGAUGGUUUGAGUCAACAGGUGUUGAAGGACAGUGCCCUUGAGCAGAAAUUGGCGCUAGAACUACAAAACAAGGAACAAAACAACAGCAAUGCCGCGAAUGACGUCGGACAUGAAGAUGUAGAGAUGACCGACGCUUUUCAACAGGAACCGGCGGCAGCAGCUGCUGCAGUCCACCUGGGUGGAGUUCUUUCAGCUGGAAUCGUAGCAGAACAACUGAACAAAAUUGAAGUCGCUCCCGUCGCGGAAGUAGAGUUGCAAAAGAACAUCAACCCGACUUCGUUGAAAAGUGCAGAUGACCACUCGUCGUUGAAACAAGUUGAUAAAAAAGAAACCGAUGAAGCUGCUGUUGCUGCGAAAAAUGAUCAUCAUGAUGCUGAAAACGACAAGAAGAAACACGACAAAAAACACGUUCGCUUCGCGUCUCCGGUGGACGAAAAGAAGCAGUACGAUGUCGAGCCGGCUAGCAGCGCCGCGACGCCGGUAGUUGGGGAGGAAAUUAUCGUGGGUACUAGUACAACAACUGUGGGCACUUCUUCUGCUCUUGGUGGGGCAGUAGUACAAGAAGUGGAAAACAACAAUGAGAAUGAUCAGCAACCAGAUGGUGAGCCGACCACUUCUACCUCUGGUAAAAACAAGGGCAAAAUGAAGAAAGCCACUGCGUCCAAAGGUGCCACGGCGAAAUCGGGAGAGAAGAAAAAACCCGCUGCGCAGGCGAAAGCGAAAGGUACCAAGGGACGGGGGAAGAAAGGAGGGAAGAAUAACAAAAACGUGGUCCAUGACGACGAGGAUGAGGAAAUGAAAGACCACGCCGAUGUUCUUGCUGCAGAACAAAAAGAACAGUCGGCUGCGGGUACUAGUUCCCCUUUUGCGACCACAACGUCCGAUGGCACUAAAGAUCAGCCGAAUAACGGCGCUGCUCUGGAAGAACAAGUGGGUGACGAACUGUGCUCUGUCCCGCCGCCGGGGAACGACGUGGGAACGAAACCCUGUGAAAACCUCUCCGUCUCUCCGACCACGGAAGGUGGUGCUAAUAAACAAACAAAAAUCAUCACUUCCCCACCGGUAGUUUUUGCUACGAAUUCGAUCCCGAGAAAGUCACCGCAAAAACCGUUGAAUAACAAAGCAUUCAAGAAGCUCAAGCGGAACAAGAAGAUUAACGUAGCGGAGUCAUCCGAUGAAGAAGAGGUGGAAAAGAAUGCUGACAAGACCCCAGUUCUGGCCACGCUGAACAAUGGUGGUGCGAAGAAGGGCAAAAUGAACGACAAGAACGCCGUGUUGAAUCUCGAUCAUUCGGACAAUGAAGAGGAGAUGAAAACCAAAACUUCAUCGGAUGAAAAAGCCCAUCACCCCUCGAAAAAACAGAAGCGGUCCUCCAUCAGUAUGGCGGAAUCCAAGUCUGGCCCGAACAACAAAAACCGGAUCGUUGGGAGCCCGAAUCAUACCACCCCCGCACCAGCAGCGGCUCCGUUGGUCCAGGCUAAGGGUAACGCUGGUUAUGAAUUGCAAAAGUACUAUCGUACUCGUGGUUUUGCAAUACAAAUUAGCUCAGCAUUGCAAAUGGACUUUGUCAUGCGGUUUCAGCUUAAGAAAGGGAUUUGUGAUGCAUAAAUGCAAUCACUACGAGUACAAUAACUUUUUGCACAGGAUACCGGUGGUGCGGUGCAGAUUUCGCUGAUGCCGGACUCCGAGAUGGGACUGUUUGACGGGGUCGACUAUCAAGUGCAAAAGUGUCUGGGUCUGGAAGGAUGUAACUUGUGAUGCUGCAUUUGGAUUCCAAAAACAUGUGUAUUGCAUGAGCAGCAAGACGAGGAGUCAGCUCUUGGCACGCGGAGAGGGCAUUUGUCAUGCGUAAUUAGCAUCAAGAAGCUCUCAAAAAAUUAUCUGUGAUCAUAGCACCAGCUGCAUCACAGACCUCAGGGGUCAUGCAAAAUGUGCAUGACAAGCCCCGACUCUUCCAGACCCAGACAUAUUUGCACUGCAUAUCGACAAAGAUGAGGAAAACGUGUUGAACCUCUCUGCAGAUUUAUGACAGCGCACGACUCCAUCUCCCCCUCCUUUGUCAUGCAAAACCCCGAAUCCAGUCGCUGCCUUAUGCUGGCAUUGUGUGCAUGACAAGUUCUCCUGGUAGCCCAACUAGCACUACUACACUCCAGUGUAAAGUUGUCAUGCAAAACCGGCACUCUUGCUGACGCUUGUAUUGCCGUUCAUGUCAUACAAAGAAGGAGGAGGGGGAGAGGUGCACUGUCAUAACACUCUCUGCAAGAACGCCUAACGCUGGCGAAGACGAACAAGAAGAAAAACAAGGUGCUUUUCAAGGCUCCACCCGGUGCAGGUGCUGCAAAUAGUGUUACCACGCCCAGUGCUGGUGUUGACCAGCUGGAACCGCAGUUUCUCGACAACGGGGUUCCGUCCAUGUUGAACGAGUCCAUGGACAAGAAGCUGAGUCCGAUCAUUGAAGGCAGCCGCGAAGACUGCACACCGUCCGCGAGCCCGAACGGGACGACGACGAGUAAAAGCUGCAAAAAAUCAUCGGAAAAGAAGACGCUGUUGACCACGACUACUAUCGAGGAAACCACGACUAUCCCACGAAAAAAGUCUUACAGUUACACAUCAUUUGUUGGAAAUUCAGCAACACAAAUUUCCUCUGCAUGAGAGGGAAAACUUGCAAUGCGCAGACCAUAAGGGAAAACACGAAUGAAAUGAAGCUCGGAAGCAUUUCGGGCAUGACAGAGGUUGUCUGUCAUGCUGAGCUUGCAAUCCAAUGUGUAACUGUAACACUUUGACUUUUUUCUCGUGAUAACGACGCAUCGGGUUGAUGUUGCCGCGAAGGACGCGGAUUGCAACACCGCGCAGGAGCAGGGGGAGCCGGACCGCAAGAUGGUAUGCAGUGCAAAAGCAUCGUACUAGCAGGAAUAGCAAUACAAAUUUUCCUAGCAUGACAAAUUUGCAAUUUGUAAUGCUGUUUUACCUUAGGAUAAGGAUUUAUCAUGCAUAUUUGCAUCAAAUAGUACGAGUACGAUACAACUUUUGCACAUGAUAGAUGGCCCGGUACUACGAUACCACGAAAGACGUCUUGGCGUUGCUGGAAGAAAAGGAGGCCAUGGAGAAUGCGACUGCUACUGCGUCUAUGCAUUUCAAAUAUGUCUGGGUCUGGAAGAUUUCGAGACUUCUCAUGCUAGUUUGGCAUGACUCUGAACUCUGUAUUGCGUAGGGCCAUCGGAAGACCUCCUCUUGUCUGUCAUGCAAAAACGAUGUUUCUCAUGCGGAAUACGCAACACAGAAUCGCGAGAAAAUCUGUCAUGCUUGGCGGUGCUUUACAGUGCGCUUUCUGUCCACUGACAUGCAUCACAAGUUUCCAGACCCAGGCAUACUUGCAUUUGAUAGCGUCGAAAAUGAAGAUGAAAAUGAAGAUGGCGUCGAAAAACAACACGGCCUUGA